GCCCCGGCGCGCGGCGGCUCCGGUUCGUCUCGGCCUCCCCACACCGUCGAGUUGGACCUCCGCUGGGCUACAGGGGCCGCGGAGCGCACCCCGCUCCUGCCGCCGCGGCCCUAGCACUCCGCGUCCCUGGCCUCGCUCCGGGAGGCUGGGGGCCCUGAGAAGGCGCGCGCCGACCUCCGGCGCGUCCCCGCCCGCGAGUCAGCCGGCCCCGGCCCCGGCGCGCGCCAAUUUCCGUAUCCGGCUUCAGGCGUUUCCGGGCGUAGCGGGCCCGUCGGGGAGGGUAUACCACAAACCUCCAGAUGCUGGUCUGUGAGAUUCAGCAGGGGAUGAGUCUAUCCUUUCAUUGGUAAGCCACUCUUCCCAACUGCUCUCCUACCAUCCACCAUCCUCAUGUCUACCUUACUCCUCAAUCUGGAUUUUGGCGAACCUCCCCCCAAAAAGGCAUUAGAAGGGAAUGCCAAGCACCAAAAAUUUGUCAAGAAGCGGCGGCUCUUGGAAAGGAGAGGCAUUCUGAAUAAGAAGAACCAGCCCCCUAAUAAUGUGCCUAAGUUGCACUCAGAACCUCCAAAGAAAGGGGUAACUCCCCAGGUGAAUGGCACUUGGAAAAUUUCUCCCCUUCCAAAAAAGAAGAAGACUGCUGCCUCCAGCACUGGGUCAGGGCAGUCCCUGGACAAGAAAGCUUCUGUGCCUUGGCUGACCCCUGCCCCUUCACAGAAGGCUGGUUCUCUUGUGGCUAAAGCAGAUUUGCUGGGGGAGUUCCAGAGUUCUCUUCCAAAGAUCAAGAGCCACCCAGCUCGCCCCCAGAAGAAGGACCCCCAGAAGAAGGACCCGCAAAAGAACCCGUCUCAGAAAAAUAUCCCACAGUACUCCACUCCAGCUCAUUCAGAGAAUAAAUGCUCUGGAGCAUCCCAGAAUGUGCCAAGGAAGAUGGUGGCAAUUGACUGUGAGAUGGUGGGCACAGGACCCAAGGGGCAUGUGAGUUCCUUGGCUCGAUGUAGCAUCAUCAACUACAAUGGAGACGUGCUCUAUGAUGAGUACAUCCUUCCCCCCUGCCACAUUGUGGACUACCGUACCAGAUGGAGUGGCAUCCGAAAGCACCACAUGGUGAAUGCUACACCCUUCAAGAUUGCCCGCGGCCAGAUCUUGAAGAUACUCUCAGGGAAGAUAGUGGUGGGACAUGCCAUCCACAAUGACUUCAAAGCCCUUCAGUACUUUCACCCCAAGUCUCUUACUCGCGACACCUCCCAUAUCCCUCCUCUCAACCGGAAGGCUGACUGCCCAGAGAAUGCUACCGUCUCUCUGAAGCAUCUCACCAAGAAGCUGCUAAACCGGGACAUCCAGGCUGGGAAAAGUGGACAUUCCUCUGUGGAAGAUGCUCAGGCCACCAUGGAGCUGUACAAGUUGGUUGAAGUUGAGUGGGAACAGCAUCUGGCCCAGAAUCCCCCAAAAGAUUAGCAGCAGUGGGGACACCGGUGAUGAAAGGAAGCAGAGGCAGCACCGCACCCAGGAGAAACAGCAGAGAACCAAUGGAUGGCGCUACCAGCUCCACACCUUUAGAAGCUUGAGUUGUUGGGGAGAGAGAGGCUCUACCCCAGACUUUUAAUUUCCAUUGAAAUCUCACCUCAGGUGUUGUGUUCUGUGUCUGAUUAAGUAUCCCAUGGAAGGAGGAAGUCUGUAUGUCAGCACCCAGCCCUAUACUGUUUACCUCUUAAAUGGUGCUAACCACAGGUCCCAGGGUGCUUUGUUCUAGUCCAGCUUUUUGACUUUCAAGGGGCAGGGCAUAGUGGGAAAUUUAGUUUCCCAAACUGCCUUAUAAUUAGGGUGGUUGUAUGUCCCACUGUAUGCCUUUUGUUCUCAAGUGAUUAACAGCACUCUUUUUCACUCAGAAGUAUCCUGGUUGGAUGAUAAAUUGUAUGAUCACAUUCCAUAUCAGAGUCUAUAUCUAGUCUGUCAGGAUAGCACCUGUUUUUCUCACGGUGACUUUGAGAGGAGCCAUCCCUGGUGAGGCUUAGUUCUUAGGGUUACAAGGCAGUAGAGGUAAGAGAAUGGAACUUGGAAGUCAACUUCUAUGACUUAGGAAAGCAAUCUCUUUCCUAAAGCAUUAGAGGAUUAAUUUAACUUCGAUCCCACUUGGUAGGUUAAAAAAGAAUUUAAAGUGUUUUAAUGGGUUUUUAGUUUUUUAUUUUGCUAAACCAAGCCUCUAAAAUAGACUCAAAUUAUUCCCUUGGUAAAUUUUUUUCCUUGAUAAAUUUUAAUAAUGAAGAAACAAA